AAUAAAAUGACACGACACCGUUGUGCACUUGAAUUGGGAAUAUUUUCAUCCAUAAUGCAACUGCAAGCAUACAGAAGAGACGACGAUAACAGUUAGUAAAAUUGACAAUUUACAAAUUAUUAAUUAAAGAAAGGUUUCGAUUUGAAGGAAGCUGCAUCAUCAAUGGCAGACGCGUUCUUCUCUUUCUUUGUUCUCCUUCCUCUCAUUCUCCUCCCCUUCCUCUACUUCAUCGUCCGUCCCCGUCCAGUCAAGAUCCCAAUUACCAACCGUCACGUCUUCAUCACCGGCGGAUCCAGCGGCAUCGGCCUCGCCCUCGCCCACCGUGCUGCCGCCGAUGGAGCCCGUGUCUCCAUCAUGGCUCGAUCUAUGAAAAAGCUCGAGGAAGCUAGGGACGCCGUCAAGCAUGCUACGGGAAUCGAGGUGGCUAUUUACGCGGCGGAUGUGCGGGACUAUGAUGCGGUGAAGAAGGCGGUCGAUGAAGCGGGGCCUAUUGAUGUGUUGUUAUUGAACCAUGGAGUUUUCUAUGCGUUGGAGCUUGAGAAGAUGGAAUUGAGUGAGGUCAAGUUUACUCUGGACGUUAAUUUGAUGGGUUGUUUGAAUAUGAUUAAGGCUGUUUUGCCUGAUAUGAAGAAUAGGAAGGAUCCCCUCCCUGCUUCCAUUGCUCUUGUUUCUUCACAGGCUGGUCAGGUGGGAAUUUAUGGUUAUGUAGCUUAUUCAGCCAGUAAAUUUGGCCUCCGUGGUUUAGCAGAAGCAUUGCAACAAGAGGUUAUAGAAGAUAAUAUUCAUGUAUCUCUGAUAUUCCCUCCAGACACGGAUACUCCUGGACUUGUAGAAGAAAAUAAGAGAAAACCAGAGAUCACCAAAAUCAUUGCAGACUCUUCCGGUUUUAUGAAACCCGAUGAAGUUGCUCAGAAAGCUUUAGAUGGCAUAAGGCAUGGCAGAUUUAUCAUUUAUUGCAAUCUGGAGGGACUUGCAUUAGCCCUAGCAACUGCAGGUUUAUCCCCUCAGAGGUCAUUCUUAAUGGCAUUUGUUGAAGUUGUUACUGCUGGAAUAUUACGUAUUGCCGCACUAUGUUUCCAAUGGAACUGGUAUGGAAGUAUAGAGAAGUGGCACAAGGAAAGGAAAUAUUCACCUGAAAGCAGCUGAUGCACUCUGAGCUCUAUGCUCUGUUAUGUGGUCUUCGUUCACACUGCUCUACAAUGAAAUUCAUUUAGGUAAACUAAAAUGAUUGUUGACAAAUGAGGACUCCAUACACAUUUAGUUGUUCAACUUUGUGGUUUCUGAUUUUCAUCUCCUGAUACUUGAUAGAGAGUAUGUGGUCUACCUUGUUAACUCGUUUUCAUUUCUCACAAUUUUGUAAGUAAACAAAAUGAUUUUCAAUUUAGUAUCCUAAUUUUUUUUGAACCGUUCAUUUUGUACUGUCUACUUUUCACUGUCUCAAGUUGGCCUCAAGUGUUUUCUAUUAGUAAAAGGUGUAUGCUCUCUAGUUCUUUAAUGUGUAUGAUGUUUUGCUUUCGUUGGUGGAUA